ACAAAUUCACGAAGGAUGAAAUCAGACUUGCGAUGCAGAAUUUGCAUGUGCAUUACAUCGGCCACUAUAAGCCCACAUGGUUCAGUGAAAGAUGAUCGUCACGUGCUGCGCUAACGCCCGUUGACCAGGUACGGUAUCGCUUAACAUCAUACACUGAUCGGAAACGCACCUAUAAAAUGAUGGCCUGAACGCCAGCGACUCAGCAUCAUCCUUGAGAUCUCAUAAUGGCUAUUGGAAUCGUAUGCAUUGGCGCUGUGUAUAUCGACACAAUUCUAAGUGUCCCAAAAUUCCCAAACGAGGACGAAAAGCUGCGCGCUACUAGCCACACACGGCGGCGUGGCGGAAAUUGCACGAACACCCUUGAAGUCUUGUCACAGCUCGUCGAACAAAGCGAACAGACGUUUGAGGAAGCACGAGCCCACCUCUAUUUGCUUUCCGUACUCCCCGCGAGGCAAUCGACCGAUGUUCAGUUCAUAAGCCAAUCCAUUCCCGACACCAACAUCGACUCAGGUUGCAUAUUCCGAGAAGGGUUUGAGAAUGCGGCCUCGAGCUACAUCAUUCGAUCUGCUGCGAACAACAGUAGAACAAUCGUGAGCCACAACUCGCUACCCGAAAUGACGACACAAGAGUUCAUUGACGGCGCCUCUGCCAUCCGUGGGCAGAGUAAAGUCGAGCAACAUUGGUUCCACUUCGAAGGAAGGAUACCGGUCGUCACAGAGGCUUCUGUGAGAUGGUUGAGCGGGAACUUUCCAACGGCAAAGAUCAGCGUGGAGUGUGAGAAGCCGGAACGGGAUUACAUGGUGCAUGUCUCCAGGGAAGCUGACGUUGCAUUCUUCUCAAGAAUAUGGGCAGAGGCGAAUUCAUACAACGACCCACGGACAUUCCUCGGCGAUCAAAUCGAAUACAUGAAACCUGGCGCAAUCCUAGUGUGCACAUGGGGCGCAGCAGGAGCUACUUGUGUCUAUAACAAGACAGGCCGAAGAGAAGAUAGCGAAUGGGCAAAUACAACUGCUUGGAAGCCUACCACAGAGUCAGUGGAAGUCGUCGACACGAUAGGUGCUGGCGAUACUUUCAUCGCCGGCUUUCUCUAUGCGCUAAACUGCCAGGGGCAAUGGACUCUGCAGCGAAAACUUGAAUUUGCAAAUGAGCUGGCGGGUAGGAAAGUAUUACAAUCUGGCUUCGGGGGGCUAGCAGAACGAAUGUCGCUUUCAUGAGCCCACUCCGAUGACCUCGGUACGUGGGCUAGCUAGCGCAUUACAACCUUUGGCGCUACCUCACGGAGGUACUACAAUGGCUCUCACAGCUUUUCCGGCUUCAUGAUAUCAAGAGCUCCAACCGAACUACGAUGGUGGACCGUUAACCUUGAUCAAAGUCACAACACCUCCGGGUUUGAUCUUGUUAUGCCACACCAAAGCAGCUCAUGUGAAACUGAUUUUCCCCUUCCACAAGC